UGUCGCAUGUUUUGCGACUGAAAAAGUGUUUUAACCUGUUAUCAAGAUUUCGUAGACCAAUGACAGUCAGUGCAUUUGAUGUAUGUGAUACCAAGGUGCUUUCUUCAUGCGCUUGCUGUGACAUUUUGCGGUUGGCUGCAGCUGGAAAACAAUUGCAUGUUGUUGCAAGAUCAUAUUCCAGUGAAUCUACGAGUCUAAAACGACAGUUUAUUCCCUCUCAUAAAAGAAAAUGGAAAAAGAAGAAAUCGCAAAACACUGAAGAAAUAAAAUCAACUCUUAUUCAAGUCAUUGAUGCACGAGCUAAACAGCUUGCAUGUAAAAUUGUAAAAGCUAGCACUGAGGACAUUUUGCUUCAGCUGGUUCCAUCGAACAGAAAUGUCAGCAACAACGCUUUUCUCGUCUUGCCGACGUCGGCUAAACCGUUCCUUGACACCUCAUCAAAAAAUACUCUUCCAGAAGAGCCACAGGUUUUGGAGGGACAGAGUAUACAUGAUGUGGAUCAGGUCCGAACUGCUGACAUUUCCUUUCUCCAUAAAGAUGUUGAUGCGCCCGUAUUUAACAUGGUGGGUCACGAUGAAGUGGCCAGCUGGAACAGUCACUUGAACUCCUUUAAGUAUCAACUGGAGGUUUUACCGGUGGUGUCAGAAAGCAGAGCUGCUGAGCAGAUUGUCGAAGACACUGAUGGCAAAGUUUUCGCUUUUGAAGAUUAUUCGCCAUAUGCCAAGAAAUUUAUUUGUCACGAAGAUCACUUAACACCGACUAAAAGUCUGGCGAACGUUACUGAAGAUGUAUCUUCCGUGGAGAAAUCAUUGUCUUCUGAGGAAGAAGUGCUUCGUGUGAUUUUCCGAAAGGAUCUUGACCGGACGAUUAAAAGUAUCAAGACUGAUACAAAGAGUACAUCUAGUCUGAAUGACCAGAUAUCUGUGAAUACAAAUAUACUAGAGAAGAAACCAUCGCUGGUGAAGAGACAUACGUUUCAUUCAAAGGAACGGCUUAGUGGCUUGGUGAAUACUGGAACGGAAGUCUGUGAUACUCAUCCUGAACUCUCAACAGCUGAUGCUUUGAUAGACUCUGGUGCUGUAGUAGAAGAGGAUAUUUCUGUAGGUAUUGGGGAAAGUGAUGCGGUGUCCACUAAAAGUGUUGUUGAGGCCACUAAAAGUGUGGUUGAGACCAAAUCGAGCAAGGCAAAGACGAAAACAAAGGUGAACAAAGUGGCGAAAGUCUCAAAAGAUGAAGCUCUGCCAGUUUCUGCUAAGCAGACGUUCAGAGGCAACCCGGAAAAACAAAACCGACUCUUCAAUCAGGAUCUCCUGAGCUUUGUGGAGGCUUGUUGUUUUUCUAAUAAACAAGCUCACGCCCACUCGGUUCUGAAGUUCCAUCACCUGAACAAGUCGCCAAGUGCAGAACAUAUCAUCAGAGAUAUCACCAUACACAACACACUGAUGCACUCAUGGGCCAAAAUGGGAAAGUUGCAACAUAUCAAGGAGUUGUUUUUGAUGAUGAAGCAGGGUGGUCUGAAUCCAAGCCUCCAAUCGUACGCUGCGUGUCUCGAGUGUCUGGGUCGACAGAGGAACUUCGACGUGGAGAUGUGUCAGAGGGUUAUACACGACAUAACACGAGACGGUUUUGAUGUGAAGGACAUAUUCAAUGUGUGUAUGUUCAGGCGAGAUGAACAGCAUUUCAUUUUGAAGGCCCUCAAGCUCGCCAAUCCCAACUUUGUGUAUCAUCCAAUUCCAGACCCAGAACCUUACAAGGGAGAUCUGUUGGAGAAGCUAAAUUCUAGGCUUUCUCAAGACCAGGUGAUUGAAGGGAACCCAUAUGCUGGAAUCGUGAGCACGUCAGAUCUGCAGAAGCGUGCUGAAUUGCAGAGACAGAUGGAACUGAAAGGUUCUGUCACUGUCGAGUCUAUCGUCAAGAUGUCCGCGAACUGUCAGAAAACAACGGAAUACAGGGACAAGGUGGAUAGUGUGAAGGAGGAAUGGAAAGCAAUGUUGGUCAGGGCGUUUGAGAAGAUGGUCCAUAACGUGACCAGAAGAAGCAAAGACUUGCACACUCACACUUUGUAUCCAUAUCUAACAUUACUACCACCCUUGGACAUGAUUGAGUGUAUCAUGCUGGAAAUAGAGCAGAUAUCGCUGGCGUCGGACUCGUUCAGUAUCUGUAUGGAUCAGCUGUGUCGCCGCCUGGGAAUGAGAGUCCACAGUAAAUACAUGAUGCAGGACAAGGUUCGCAGCAAAUACGCAAAGAAGAUGACGAGGCUGUAUGAAAAAUUUGUGAGUCACUACAAUGAUGAAGAGUUUCAGUUUAUAAACCACCGCGACUGCUGGCAGCGCUUGAUGAAACAAGCACCAGAGGGAGCUUCUCUGGAUGUAGCUGAAAGGCCUUGGUCUGCUCACAUAGUGAAAGUGCUGGGCAAAAAGUUGUAUGAUAUAAUCUUAAACGAUGUCAAGAUUGACUCCAACAUGUUGAAGAAGAAAGAGAAACGGAGAAUGGUACCUGCAUUUUACACCAUCUAUCGCAACUACGGACACCGUGUGUAUCAAGAAAUCAAGCCUCAUCCAGUGAUAGUGAAGUUGUUUCGCAUCGCUGACGUCGCCGAGUUGACCUUUGACACGACCGACCUGCCCAUGAUCGUGCCUCCUGUUCCGUGGAUCUCGAAGAACCACGGAGGGUUUCUUCUCGGGUCAGCCCAGUUGAUUCGUCUUCCACUGCAGGCUCAAAGCCAGACGGACCAGCUGGACAGGACCCCUCCAUCUCAGAUCUACUCCGUUCUAGAUUCACUGAACACUCUCGGAGCAUGUGCCUGGGUCAUCAAUAAACCGAUGUUGGACCUGAUCAUUGACGUCUUCAAUAACAAAGGAAUGAAAGAGCUUGAUAUUCCGCCACCUGUAUCAGAGUGCCCUCCCAUGCCGAAGAUAUCUCAAAACAUGACCACUCAAGAGAAGUCGAAAGUUUUCCGAGAGCGCUUGCGACUGCGACAACAAAAGUCCGAGAUGUACAGUCUGUGGUGUCAAGAGCUGUAUCGUCUGUCCAUCGCAAACAAGUUUCGUGAUGAAAUUUUCUGGUUUCCACACAACCUUGAUUUCCGAGGAAGGACGUAUCCCUACCCGCCACACUUUAAUCAUCUUGGUAGCGAUGUUGCACGAAGCAUUUUAGUGUUCGCAAAGGGAAAGCCACUCGGUGAGAAAGGCCUGGACUGGUUGAAAAUACAUCUCAUUAAUUUAACCGGCUUUAAGAAGAGAUCAUCCAAUGCAGACAGACUGAAAUACGCCAAUGAGAUGAUGUCAGACAUUUUGGAUUCAGCUGACAAUCCACUGAAUGGUAAAAAAUGGUGGCAGUCGUCCGAUGAACCGUGGCAGACACUGGCAUGCUGUAAGGAGAUCGCAAACGCAGUACGCUCCACUGAUGUCGAACAAUACGUGUCGCACUUUCCAGUACAUCAGGAUGGGUCGUGCAAUGGUUUACAGCACUACGCAGCUCUGGGUCGUGACCAGUCCGGAGCCGAAUCUGUCAACCUGCAUCCGUUCAACAAACCGCAAGAUGUGUACAGUGACAUUGCAGAACUGGUUGAGAAGGCCAGGGUUCAGGAUGAAGAAAAUGGAGUUGAAAUUGCCACGGUUCUCAAAGGCUUUGUCAGAAGAAAGGUGAUAAAGCAGACAGUGAUGACCACUGUGUACGGUGUGACUAAAUACGGCGCCAAACUCCAGAUCUUACGACAGCUGAAAGACAUCCCUGAGUUUCCACAGAAACACGUGUGGGCCGCGAGCGUCUACCUCACCCACCAGACCUUCCAGUGUCUCAUGGAGAUGUUCUCUGCGACUAAAGAAAUUCAGGACUGGCUGACGACGUGUGCUCACCUGAUAUCGACAGUGUGUCACAAGCCGGUGGAGUGGGUUACCCCCCUUGGAUUGCCAGUCAUCCAGCCGUAUCAUCGCGCAGUUCAUUUCAACAAAUACGGAAUCCAGCUGUUUGAUGCCUGGAGUCAGUUUGAGAAACCGAAUUCCAUGAAGCAGAAGAACGCAUUUCCGCCAAACUUCAUCCACUCCCUCGACUCAACGCACAUGAUGCUGACGUCACUCUACUGCUUGCAAGCUGGUAUUACAUUUGUAUCUGUACAUGAUUGCUACUGGACGCAUGGCUGCGACGUUCCUGUGAUGAACAGGAUCUGUCGUGAGCAGUUUGUUUCUCUUCACAAGCAGCCAAUCAUUGAAGAUCUUUCGGAUUUCCUUGUUGAAAAGUUUGCAAAUGAUGUCCCGAGUUUCAGCAAAGCGCAAGAGAAGAUUGACAAAGAGAAGAGUCAAACUCUUCUCAAUUCUGUUCUCAGGAAAGUCCCAGAAAAAGGAACCUUCAACCUGGAGAAUGUGUUAGAGUCUACCUAUUUCUUCAGCUAGUGGAUCACUGUGGAAGAAAAAAACUAGAACACCGAGUUACUCAUGGUUUUGUUUUCUGUGAUAUUCAACUGUGCUGGAAAUGUGUGUGUGCUGAGCUUGUGAUAUUUUUAAUAGUAGCUAAAUGACAAGAGAACAGCAGUAUGACAAAAGUGCUUUAUAUAUAUAUAUAUACAGUAUCCCUAUUACAAAUGUAAAAGUGGUCAAAAUUAGCCGAAAUUCCUGCCAGACAUUCGGUCCGCGGUAAGUUAAGAAUUCUAUUUGACCAAACAUUAUAAUGUAUGAACACAAAAUAAUUGAUUGUCUGAUGGGAUGGCAGGCUAAAAUAUCUCCCGGCCCGUGGUUUUGUUGACCUAGCAAAAACCAGUCUGGAAAUCAGUAUUUCGACCCCUCAUACACAUAUUAGAUAUAUGUAUUGGUUGUUCCUUUUGUAUGGGAAAACAUUUAUGUGCACUAAAAAAACUGCAAAAUAGUCUGAAACCAACAGCAAAGUUUGAAAAUUGAUGAAAUCUGAUAAAAAUUAUGACACACCAUAAUUGUGAAAAUGAUGUCGUGUUUACGAAGAACCAAAAACAUUUUUUUUCUUCAUUACUGGGGAUGGGGCGUAAUCCAGUGUUAAAUAGCUUGCCUGAUGCACAGUCAGUCUAGGAUCAAACCUCGUUGGUGGGCCCAUUGGACUAUUUCUGUCUGGGAUGGUGCUUAUAAAAGAUCCCUUGCUACUAAUGGAAAAAUGCAGUGGUUUUUUUUUGCUAAGACUGUUAAAAUUACCAAAUGUUUGACAUCCAAUAGCCGGUGAUUAAUGAAUCAAUGUGCUCUAGUGGUGUCGUUAAACAAAACAAGUUUCUUUCCUUCAUUGUCGUUAAUCAUAUACCUGAGACGUGUACAAAAAAGAAGUGUAUUAUUAUUAUUUUUUUAAUGACACCAUUAGAGCACAUUGAUUUAUUAAUCAUCGGCCAUUUUGACUCAGUCAUAGAGAGGAAACCCGCUAAAGUUUUGCUAAUGCAGCAAGGGA